AUGAGCACAAUUGAUCCGGAAUUCCCAUUUUUUCAAGACCUCAGAGGAGUAAAGAAAAUCUUAUCCUUUGGCGGCUGGGCUUUCUCCACAGAUCCUAGCACCUACAUGAUCUUUCGGAACGCCGUUGCUUCUGAAUCAAGUCGCUCUGCACUUAUCAGCAACAUCGUCAACUUUGUAAACGACAAUGAUUUAGAUGGUGUGGACAUUGACUGGGAAUAUCUUGAUGAACCUGACAUUCCAGGCAUCCCGGCAGGCACUGAUGACGACAGCACUGGGCUGUUUCUACUUCUUGACGAAUUGAAACAGAGUUUUGCCUUGCUGGCUUUCGGUAAAACCAUUUCAAUUACAGCUCCUGCGUCAUACUGGUACCUGCAACAUUUUCCAAUUAUGGCGUUGAGUACCGUUGUGGACUACAUCGUGUAUAUGACGUAUGAUCUCCACGGGCAGUGGGAUUAUGGAAGGGCCUACUCUGAUACGGGAUGUCCCGCUGGGGAUUGUUUGCGUUCGCAUGUAAACAUGACCGAAACGGUAAAUGCUUUAUCCAUGAUUACCAAAGCCGGUGUUGCUUCCAAUAAAGUCGUCGUGGGUGUCUCGAGCUACGCUCGCUCCUUUGGCAUGAUCACUCCCGGUUGUUGGACGGAAAUGUGCCCUUAUAUGGGGCCGGAUUCCGGCGCUCUUGCAGGUCAAUGCACAAAUACAGCCGGCUAUCUUGCUAAUUACGAGCUGAAUCUGGUAAUUACAGAGAAUCCCACGGCUGAGCAGUACUGGGACCAAGAUUCAUACUCUAAUAUCUUGGUGUAUAACAAUACGCAAUGGGCCGCCUACAUGAAUGAUACCAACAAGCAGACUCGCGAAGUUAUUUAUGGUGCCCUUAGCUUCCUCGGAUCUUCUGACUGGGCAGUUGACUUGCAAGUUGAGUUUGGUUCAGAUUCUGGGUCAAGUUCAUCAGGGUCAUCGGGAUCGGGAGACAACAUCGUUUAUAUUGACCCUGGCAUCUGGAGCUCUGCGUCUGCCGAAAUCACUGCUCUGCCAGGUGUAACACUCAUCUGGCCGCCUAAACCUCUAGCUACUCCUACCACCAUCACGUUUCCGCCAUGGACUACAACCGUCUCAUACUCUUACUUGACAACGUUGACAAGCACUUUGUCAAAUGGUGCGACGUCAACAUAUCCGUGGGUUAUUAAUGCCACAACGUCUAUUAUCAGCGCAACUGCUACAUCUACCAGCCUGGGAGGAGUCUUUAUCUGGGGAGAUCAAACUGAAGUAUUACCCCCGGAGACCGAAACGAUAGGAGGCACCACAACAAUUAUCGGCGGCAUCACCUUGUCUCCAAAGACGAUUACUGUCACACCAAAUCCCCAUCCCACGCAGACACAAACGACCAAAGACCCAGAGUUAAAUACGCGCACCACCUCAUGGAAGUCGGGUGACACGCCUGGACCUACCUCCACGCCGGGCUGCGAUGGGUGUGGUAAAACCUGUGAGUUAUUCUGCGAUCCAGACUGUCCAUUUUGCCCACCGGGUGUCUUUGGCAAUCCGGAUGGCGAUGGUGGCGACGACGGCGAUGACGAUGACAACACAUCUACCACAACCACGACCGAGACAGCUAUCACAACUGUUCUCGAGGAGGUUGUCUCAGGCGACGCGUUUCCUACGGGUGUCCUCGCAUCAUCGGAUGUUGCUUCUCUUGGAUCUCUCAUGAUCUCAAUGUGGAAUACAGAAAACCCCGGCGACCCAUUUGGCGUCACUACUACCACCACCACCACCACCACCCAAGCCCCCCCAUCUUCUACAUCAACAGCUCCACCUCCGCCCCCAACACCAACGGCCGAUUGCUAUUUUUGGGAUGAGGAUUUCGUUGCUUUCCAAUUCGAAAUUUUCAACAUUGCCGGUUGGUCAACGGACGGAGGAGCCGCACUUCAUAAGCAGGAAGAUGGCUGUGGUGCCCUCACAUUUUGGACAUGGAAUGAUGCCACGUCGACAGACGCGGCGUACGUGUAUUUCGACCUUCCAGUCGUCCUUAAAGCAGGUUGUGUGGAGCGCGCCGUCAAAUCUGCUGGAGGCCCAAGCCUGUCCUGCCAAGGACAAGGUGACGAGUUUCCUGUCAGAAAGAGGUCACCUAAUUCGAAUUCUUCGAUCGCAGCGGCGCCACCUGUGCCCCCUCUAACAAGUCAAAAGCUGCGGACGCUGCAGAUUGUUUAUGGAAACAAUACUGACCGAUCGUACAAAUAUACUCCGCAGGACUGGACCAAGCCUGAUCCAUCUUAG